AAAAGGAGCAAAAAUGAACCCCACUGCGAGGGACCACAAGACAGUGUCAAGACAAAGGAGUUGGAGUGACCUGAGAUUCUGAGUAACUCAGACAGGAAAGUCUUCUCGGAGAGGGGCUGUGUCCCCAGGUGUGACCGGGACAUACAAAGCUAUUUCCAGAGUGGGCUCAGACUUGGAGCUGACUCAGCUGAGCCCUCAUAGACUCUGGAAGAUGAGAGUCUUCCGCAGACGCCACAUGCCCCUGCGGCUGGUCAUGGUGGGCAGCGCCUUUGUGCUCUUCCUUUUCGUUCUGCAAAGGGAUGUAAGCAACAAGGAACAGACCACAGAGAAACCAUGGCUGAAGUCCCUGGUGGGCCAGAAGGAUCAUGUCCUGGACAUCAUGCUGGGGGCCAUGAAUAACCUUAAGGAUUCCAUGCCCAAACUCCAGAUCAAGGCUCCAGAACCCCAGGAGACUAUGGUGUUCACAAACCAGUCCUGCCUGCCUGGAUUCUAUACCCCCGCAGAGCUGAAGCCCUUCUGGGAACGCCCACCACAGGAUCCCAAUGGUCCUGGGGCAGAUGGAAAAGCAUUUCAGAAGAGCACAUGGACCCCCGAAGAGACCCAGGAAAAAGAGGAGGGCUAUAAGAAGCACUGUUUCAAUGCCUUUGCCAGUGACCGGAUUUCCUUGCAGAGAGUGCUGGGGCCAGAUACCCGACCCCCUGAGUGUGUGGACCAGAAGUUCCGGCGCUGUCCUCAGCUGCCCACCACCAGCGUCAUCAUUGUGUUCCACAACGAGGCCUGGUCCACACUGUUGAGAACCGUGUACAGCGUCCUCCACACCGCCCCUGCCAUGCUCCUGAAGGAGAUCAUACUGGUGGAUGAUGCCAGCACUGAAGAGUACUUAAAGAAGCAGCUGGACCAGUACGUGACGCAUCUGCAGAUCGUGAGGGUAGUGCGGCAGCAAGAGCGGAAGGGGUUAAUCACCGCCCGGCUGCUGGGGGCCAGCGUGGCACAGGCCGAGGUGCUCACAUUCCUGGAUGCCCACUGUGAGUGCUUCCACGGCUGGCUGGAGCCCCUUCUGGCUCGCAUCGCUGAGAAUGAGACAGUAGUGGUGAGCCCGGACAUCGUCACCAUAGACCUUAACACUUUCGAAUUUGCCAAGCCUGUCCAGAGGGGCCGAGUUCAUAGCCGGGGCAACUUUGACUGGAGCCUGACCUUUGGUUGGGAAACUCUUCCUCCUCUUGAGAAUCAGAGGCGCAAGGAUGAGACUUACCCCAUCAAAUCCCCAACGUUUGCUGGUGGCCUCUUCUCCAUCUCCAAGUCCUACUUUGAGCACAUCGGUACCUAUGAUAAUCAGAUGGAGAUCUGGGGAGGGGAGAACGUGGAAAUGUCCUUCCGGGUGUGGCAGUGUGGGGGCCAGCUGGAGAUCAUCCCCUGCUCUGUGGUAGGCCACGUGUUCCGAACCAAGAGCCCUCACACCUUCCCCAAGGGUAUCAAUGUUAUUGCUCGCAACCAAGUGCGCCUGGCUGAGGUCUGGAUGGAUGACUAUAAGGAGAUUUUUUACCGAAGAAACCUGCAAGCAGCAAAGAUGGCUAAAGAGAAGUCCUUUGGUGACAUUUCGGAGCGAAUGAAGUUGAAAGAAAAACUACACUGUCGCGACUUUUCCUGGUUCUUACACAACAUCUACCCAGAGAUGUUUGUCCCUGACCUGAAGCCCAUCUCCUAUGGAGCUAUCAAGAACCUUGGGAUCAAUCAGUGCCUGGAUGUGGGUGAGAAAAACCAUGGCGGGAAACCCCUCAUCAUGUACGUUUGCCACGGCCUCGGCGGCAACCAGUACUUUGAGUAUACAACCCAGAGAGACCUUCGCCACAACAUCGCAAAGCAGCUGUGUCUACACGCCAAUGCUGGCACUCUGGGCCUUAGGAGCUGUCACUUCACUGGCAAAAAUAACCAAGUCCCCAAGGACGAGGAAUGGGAAUUAACUCAGGAUCACCUCAUUAGGAACUCAGGAUCUGGUACCUGCUUGACAUCCCAGAACAAGCAGCCAGCCAUGGCCUCCUGCAAUCCCAGUGAUCCCCACCAGCACUGGCUCUUCGUCUAGGGCCUGGUCACCCACAGUGGAGCCUCCACAGCCUCUCAGGAAACAGGAUCGUUGAUGUCUGGAAACCCAUCAUCAGCACCUUUGCAGGCCUUAAAGAUGGAUUU